AAGGUUGUGUGUUUGAAGGAGCACUCUGGAACUGAACUUCACAGCUCUGCAGCUAACUCCAUUAAAAUGAGGAGAAAAAGGAGAUCCUUAGAGGAUUCUGUUUUGAAUUCUCAGACUCAGAACAGCUUCCGAAAGCCAAGUAAUGACACCCCAGUGAGCCCGACAGAGAGUUUUGGACCAGCAUUUGUAAGUUCAGAUGGAGAAAAUGGAACAGAUGAAAAAAGAAAGGCAGGCAAAUCGCCUACUGUGUUGCUGCAGACCCCUACCAGUGAAAUGGAAUAUUUUGAUGACCGAAAGAAAGUUGAUGUUGCUAGGACAAAGAGCAGCACAGAUAGUCCACUUCUGACAAUGGAUAUCAAGAGUGACUCCAAGAUUGAAAGGAAAAAACAUGCCUCAAAUCAGCUGAAGGCAAAUGCACACUUUCAUAAGCUGUUUCUAGAUGUUCCUAUUGAUGAGCCACUGAAACAAAGCUUUACCUGUGCUCUUCAGAAAGAAAUUCUGUACCAAGGGAAAUUAUUCCUUUCUGAAAACUGGAUUUGCUUCCAUUCCAAGGUUUUUGGUAAAGACACGAAGAUUAGUAUACCUGUGCUCUCGGUGACACUUUUGAAGAAAACCAAAACUGCCCUUCUUGUGCCAAAUGCUCUGAUCAUAGCAACAGUCACAGAUAGGUACAUGUUUGUCUCCUUACUCUCCAGAGAUACCACCUACAAGCUAUUAAAAUCUAUCUGUAGACAUCUUGAGGAUACGAGCAUGGGCAACUGUUCAAAUCCCUCUUCUGCAGAAAACAGCUUCAGGGCUGAUCGUCCUAUGACUCUGUCUUUGGAUUUCAAUGAAGACUAUUCUGAUCUGGAUGGAAUGGUGGAGCAGCGGAGACAAGAGAUGGAAGAGUCCAGCAGCUCAGGCUCACAGACCCCAGAGCUGGAAUGCUUCCAAGAUUAUCAUGUGGUUGAGACACAGACUCACUUAAAAGUUUCCAAGACUGAGGCAAAGUCUGUCCGUUCAGAUUCACAUGGUAAACGUGGAAGUGACGGAAAAGCCUGGAACAGUCCUGGAAAUGGUCAUUCUGAAGCCUUCAGGUUCUUCCACAAAGUGAAGUCCCAAAAGCUGUCGUCUCUGAACCAUGUACUUGUGUUUUAUGCAGUUCUUGUCUGUGUAUUAAUAUUUUCUACCUUCUACAUGAGAUAUAAAAUCAGUGUGUUGGAGGAACGACUUAUUUCCAUCACAUCCUUUGAUUCACAUAUUAAGGAACAUCCAGUGCACCAAGGUUUGGGAUCUCAUCUACAAAUUAAUGCUGAUGACCUUUGUGAUGAGUUAACUGCUAAUCUUAUAAAAUUGGAAAAGAUACAGAACAACUUACAAAAACUACUGGAAGAUGAUGAAUGAAGCAUGGAAGUUCUUGGACUGCUUCAGACCUCAUUCUUCUCUCUUGACAAACAGUUCCAAAGGAGCUCUGCUGGCCAGAGUUCAAGCUUCUUUAUUUUCAGUCCAAGCCAAGCUUUAAACUACUGUAAAGCCUAUGUCAUAAUGCAGAAAGUCAGUUUAUUCUUGAGCAUGUACCUGUAUGUUUUGAAAACAUACAUGUUUAGAUCUACAUGUAUCUAUAUGUUUUGAAGAUAUGGGGAUUUUUUUCUUCUCUUUUGUUUGUGAAUUAAUGGAUUUUAUAGCUUGCUUGAUUCUAGACUUGCUUACACCAGUGUAAACCUGGUGCAUCUCCUUUUACCUCAGUAUUUGCUUUCUGCCUGUUGUCAUACAAGCGUAAAUGGGAAGAUUUCAGUCACAGAUCAUGUGCUGAAGUGUUGUGUGCGUAAUCUGGUGUCUGUAUAAGCUAUGGUUAUGGACCCGUACUGUGCUUUUCAUUUUUGUGCUUUGUGCCCUGGCACCCCAAAGAUCAGAAAACAAACACCUCUGGAUUUGGUAGCGUGAAGUUCUGAAUGUUCGAGGUGUGCUCCAUUCUCAGAUGCUGUAAAGAGGCUCAAUUCCAUUGCAUCAUUGCUGAGGGCAAGGUCUGUUUCUACUGGGGAUUCAAUUUCCACUGAAAUCAAGCUUGAAAUGUGUAUGGACUUGCCAACUUAACAAUCAAGUUGCUUAUGAAUAGCAGUGUGGGGGAUGACGUAUCUGCACAACUUAGAAAAACUGUUAGGGUUUUUUUGUCCACUCAUACAGUCUCUAUCCAGUGUGAAGACCUUCAGUCAUCUUUUCUUAGAGUUGCAUGGGGUUUUGGAGGGCGAGCAAGUGCAAUUUAUGCUCCAGUUGAUGGAAAUCUAGUCUUACUAUGUGACUCCAGGGACCAGAUAUUUUCACAUAGAGGAACUGGCGAAUUAAUGAUGCAGCAAUAUGAACUAUCAGUAGGGUGAAUGAAAAAGUGGAUACCUGCUUUUUUAUAUCAUACUAUUUUUUUUCAUAGUGCCUAAGAUAGGAUAACUGGGGAAUUUUAGCUUUCUGAUUCACUAAGCAGGCUGGUUAGUUUUUAAAAAGCAAUAUUUAGGAUAAUAACAGCUAGUAUCUGUAAAAUAACAGUAUUGUUUGCGAUAUGCUAUGCAUUUUAUAAUCAUUUCUGUGAAAUGUACCUACUUCAUUUAAAUAAACUUAUUUAAAACUA